AUGGUCAAGAAUGGUCUGAAAGGGCCUAAGGCAGACGCUGAGACCAUUGCAAAGCUCACAGUGCAGACGCUCUUGCGGACGGUGCCGGUGGCCAUGCCGGGCAUCUUCUUCCUUUCCGGCGAGACGGCGCUCAACGAGGACAAUGAGGAGGAGGCCACCGUCAAUCUCAGCACCAUGCACAAGCUCUACCCGAACCUUCCCUGGCAUCUCUCCUUCUCUUACGGCAAGGCAUUGCAGAAGACGUGCAUCGUCACUUGGUUGGGCAAGCCGGAAAACAAGGCGGCGGCGCAGAAAGCACUCAAGGCCCGUUCGAAUGCAAAUAUGGAUGCCGUCUUCGGGAAGUAUGUGAAAGGAAGUUGCGCGAGCGUGGGCACCGACGGCAAUGUAAUGCAGGCAGCCGGACCCUACUAA